GUAUUUAUAAAGAGUACAGAGAACACAGCAGCACAACUGACUGACUGAAGACAGUGCUGAACAUGGAGAGAUUUGAAUUUUCACUCAGGCUUUUAGAAUAAAGAAACAUCAUAGCAAGCUGACAGGAAAAAUGGAUGAUGCAAAGGAUGAAAUUGCUGUUAUUGGGAUUGGAUGCAAUUUCCCUGGAGGUGAGGGGUUGGACAGUUUCUGGAGGGUUCUGUUGGAAGGAAAGAACUGUGUGGUAGAUAUUCCAGCAGAGAGGUUUGACACUGCAGUUUGGUUUGAUGCUGAAGGUAGCAAACCUGGAAAGACACAUACAAACAAAGCAGCUCUUAUAGAAGGGUUUAAUGAGUUUGAUUACAAGUUUUUUGGUAUUACUGAAGUGGAGUCUGACUUCAUGGACCCUCAGCAGAAACUCCUUCUGCAGUGUACCUACAAGGCUUUAGAGGACGCAGGAAUUGCUAUGGAAAGCAUCAGUGGAAGCAGAACUGGCGUUUACAUAGGUCUCAUGAACAGGGAUUAUGAGAUGCUCAGAAACAACUGUCCGAGUGCAAUAACCCACUAUAACGGCACUGGGACGGCCAUGAGUGUUGCUGCCAAUAGAAUUUCCUUCUUCUUUAAUCUCACUGGCCCUUCUUUUGCCAUUGAUAGUGCUUGUUCCUCAUCUUUGGUGGCUCUUCAUGUAGCCUGCCAGGCUAUAAAGCAAGGAGACUGUGAGAUGGCACUGUGUGGAGGAGUUAACUGUAUUAUAGAGCCAAAAGUGUUUGUGGCUCUCAGUAAGGCUAAAAUGAUCUCGCCUGAAGGAACCAGCAAACCGUUCUCCAGUAAAGCAGAUGGCUAUGGCAGAGGAGAGGGCUGUGGUGUAGUACUCCUCAAAUCUCUGAAACAAGCCAUAAAAGAUUGCAACAAAAUAUGGGGCAUCAUCAGCAAAACAGCAGUCAACCAGGAUGGGCACUCAGUGUCUCCAAUCACCAAACCCUCCAUGACACAACAAGAGGAGCUGCUGCACAGAACCUACUCAGAAUCUGACAUUGCAAAUGUCCAGUACAUUGAGGCACAUGGGACUGGAACCCCUGUGGGAGACCCGACAGAGGCAGGAAGCAUCUCGAACGUCAUUGCUAAAGCCAGACCUCCUUGCUCGGGUAUGCUGAUGAUUGGAUCUUUGAAGGGCAAUAUUGGACACACGGAAUCUGCAGCCGGAGUUGCAGGACUCAUUAAGGUACUCCUAAUGAUGAAGCACAAGACAAUUGUCCCUACAGCCUUCUACUCAGAAGACAGUGCCAGUAUAGACACAAAAGCCCUCAAUCUAAAUAUUCCAACUGAAGUUAAGAGAUGGAAAACAAAUGGGUCACUAGGAAGGGUAGCUGGCAUCAACAGCUUUGGGUUUGGCGGUACAAAUGCACACGUGAUUUUACGAGAAUAUAAAAAUAUCUCGCUUCCAACACAGAUACCAAAAAGUUAUCCAAGACUCUUCGUAAUAUCCGCAGCCUCUGAGAAAUCACUGAGCCUGUCCAUCACUGACACCCAUCAAAAACUUAGCAGUAAGCAAACUGUUGACUUGCAGGCACUCCUGUACACCUCAGCAUGUGGAAGGAGUCAUUACAAACACAAGUAUAGGAAAGCCUUCCUGACAUCUUCCCUCUCAGAUUUAGAGCGACAGCUGACAUCUGCGCUGAAGACAAAGGUUGCGUUAGCAAGGUCUGACAUGCAGGUGGUCUUUGUGUUUUGUGGAAAUGGUGUUGCCUAUAAAGGAAUGUGUAGCCAGCUAAUGAGAGAGUUUCCUGUCUUCAGGGAUAAGGUCAGGGAGGUCGAGAAUCUCGUCCAGAGUCAUGAUAACACCAUCAGCAUCAGUAAAUGGAUUGCUGGUGAGUAUGCUAAUUAUGAUUUCAGCAAGCCAGAUGUUGUCCAACCUCUUCUUUUUGCAAUUCAGAUCGGCAUUGCUGCUCUCCUGAAGCACUGGGGUGUCAAACCCAAUGCCAUGCUUGGUCACUCUGUAGGUGAGGUUGCUGCUGCUCACUGUUCUGGCCUCUUGUCUCUUGAGGAUGCUGUGAAAGUGUUGCACCACCGAAGUGCUCUCCAGAGCAAAGUCACAGGGGGGAAAAUGCUUGUGGUCAGCAAUGUGGCUGUAGAAGACGUAGUAAAAAUUAUGUCAACUUUUCUGGGGAAAAUUUGUGUAGCUGCUUUCAACAGCCCUCUGUCCUGUACACUGUCAGGAGAGACAGAUGCUAUAGACAUCCUCUGUGAGAGGCUCAAGAGCUUGUUUGAAGAUAAAAAUCUCUUCCUCCAUGUCUUAGAUGUUCCAGCAGCAUACCAUAGCCAUGUAAUGGAUCCAAUACUAGAAGACGUUGUAACAAGUAUAGAUCAUUUACAUACCAACAAUUUAGAGUGCAAACUGUUUUCAACAGUGACUGGAGACAUGAGCUCAGAUGGUGAUUUUUGUAGUGGUAUGUACUGGGCAAAGAACAUCAGAGAGCCAGUUUUAUUUGAACAAACUCUUCGUGCUGCCAUCAAACACAAAUCCAGGGGAAAUGUGGUCUUUGUAGAGAUUGGACCUCGUAGGGCUCUCCAAAGGAACAUACAUGAGACUCUGGGAAGUGAUACCAUUGUUCUUUCCUCUGUCCAACCAGAGAGAGAUUGUGACACCAUCCUCUCAGCAGUCGCAAAAUUAUUUGAGCUUGGCAUCAGUGUUGACUGGCAUAAGCUCUAUAAGGGUUGUGAGACAUUGCCCACAGUUCUUCCAGUCUAUCAGUUUGACAACACAAAGCAAGAACUGAAUUUCGAAGCUUUGAGAAAAAGUGAUGAAUUGCUUCCCUACUCUUCUCAUGCACUCAUAUCUGAAAUAAAGCUGAGUAACAAAGAGUUUGUGUGCAACCUCUCACUACAGACGGCACCAUAUCUGUGGGAGCAUAAGAACAACAGCAUUUCCAUUGUGCCAGGUGCGUUUUAUGUUGAAUUAGCAUUUGCCUCACUCAUGGCUAGUUUGAUACCAAAGAAACCAGUUUCUCUGCUCCAUCUCAGUGUUAGAUUUGACAAUGUGCUCACACUCAACUCACAAUGUCGGCAACUGAAGGUGAUACUGGAACAUGCAGAGAGCAAGGCCUCCUUUAAAAUCCAGUCUUCUGUCGCAACACAUGCCUCUGGCACAUACACAUGUGCAGAUGGCCAGCUACCGUCAGAGGAAUCAACUAUUUGCCUUGAUGUGAUCUCCCAAAGGUGCAAAUUGGUUAUGACGAGAAAACAGAUUUAUUCAAUUCUUUCUCAAGUAGGAUUUGAGUAUGGUCCUCUUUUCAAACAGCUCAAUGAUGUGCAUUUUGGGAAUGAAUUCAGAGAAGCAAUGGCGGCGGUUCGGGUUCCUGGUGAAGUUCUGAAAUAUCUUCAUGACUAUUUUAUUCAUCCUGUGGUGCUGGACUAUUUUCUGCAAAUGACUGCUGUGGUAGCAAUGGGUCAGCUAACAGCCAAACCAGGGUUCCCUUCAGGUAUUGGGAGUAUAGCUAUAUCAGGACCACUGCAAAAGGAAAUGUUCAUGUACUUGCGAGCUACUCAUGAGACAGCAAACUUCCUGGAUGUAUGUGGUUGCUUUUCCACAACAGAGGGGAGAGUAUUGGUGGAACUCAAGAGGGUGAGGAUAUCAUUUUUGGGCUCAAAUAAUCCUCAGUCACUGUUCUUCCACAAUGAAAUAGUUGCGAUUGCCCAUAAGAGAGUUUUGCAAAAUUGCCAAACAAAAGCAAUUGUUUUUGAAGAUGACCUCUGCAUUGCUAAAAGACUUGGUCCAUAUAUAUGCCCAGAGUCAAUCUUUGUGAAGAACAAAGAGUCCUGGAAGAAAGAGCAAGUUCGAGAUUUAGUUUUCCACUCACUUAUCAACAAUGUGGAUUUGGACAAUGUUCUCUUUAUUUGGGGUGUAGAGGACCUGACUCACUUGUCAUCUGAGAAGAUGCUGGACUACUCGGUGACUUGCUGUGAGAUAUUUCACCAGAUUGUAGUAGCCGUGAAGGAGAGUAAACGCUCAUGUGCUGUCCGCGUCAUAACUUACAGAGCUACAGACAUUACUGUGGACCACAUCAGUCCUGGUUUUGUGCUUUCUGGGUUGACGAGGGCUUGUGCAGCAGAGUUGGCGGGUCUGUCUUUUCAGCUGAUCGACCUCGCUUCUGUGACAAGUAAAGACAUUCAAGCACUGGCUCAUGUAAUAGACACCUGCAAGCAACAAGAGGUCAGGAUCAGUGAAGGGCAGGCAUCGUCAACAAGAAUAGUGCGGACCCCAAUGAAUGAGAAGGCUUUAUGGGAAGGUGAUAUGAACACUGCAUUUGUGGGAGACUUUGCCCUACAGACUACAGAUCCAUACAGAAUGGCUCACGUGUCCACUAUACCUUCUAACCCUAAUGGCAAUCCUGUCGAAGAGAAGUCAGUUGAAGUUCAGCUAACCAAUGUAUGCGUGCAUUCAUCAGAUUACUUUCCUGUGACCGCUUCGCAUUUUAACUUCGGCAGGACAAUGUAUUGGAAUGAGCACACGUCUCUAAAUCACAAGCUUCUUGCUUUAGAUUUUAGUGGCGUUGUCUCAGCUGUUGGGAAAGGCGUCAAUAACCUAAGAGUAGGAGACCAUAUUGCUUCCUGUUAUCCAGUUGCUGUCACGUCUAAGAUUGUAAUUCCUGAAGCAGUGUGCUACUCCACAGAGAGACUCACAUUUCUGAAAGAGACUCCAUUUGUGUCAUACUUUGUACUAGCAUGGGAGAUCUUGCAGAGGAUGCUGUAUAAAGUAAAGAAACAGCGAAGGAAGUUGGCUAUUAUCACCUCGGACUCAGCCUCUGCUCUAACAAAAGUUCUGGCCCUCACAGCAAGCAGGUCAGGCUGGAACGUUUCUUCUCGGCCGCCUUUCACCGAGGAGCCUCCACAUUUUGAUAAGAGUUGUGCGUUUGUUGUUCUGCCACCAUUUGAUUACUCUUGGAGGAAUUUCUGUGAUGGUGGUGGCCUUGAGAAGCACCUUAUUUUUGUGUAUAGUAGUCACAUGUCGCCCUCAGUCUGCACAAGCACGAUUGCUCCCAAGACUGAACACAUUCUUGUACAUAAGCUUGACGUGACCAAUGUUCUCCAGAGAGCUAAUCUAAAAGCACAGAACAAGAUUAUCCACGAUUGGUUAAUCUCAUUAGGUUUCGAUACAUUAUCUCUACCUUUGAAGAAGGAGUUGUAUCAGUUCUCAAGCACGAAAGAGCCUCAUUGUGAGUCUUAUUUCACAGUAAGGACAGUGCAGCAAGUUGUUUUAGACCACGGAGAAUUUGAUUGUCCACUACCUGACAUCUCUCUGCUAUCGAAGCCUGGACAGCUCUUUAAAGAAGGUUGUGUUUAUAUUGUAACUGGAGGGCUCUCAGGUUUAGGGCUUGAGACAGUUAAGUUCAUUGCUCAUAAUGGCGGAGGUUGUAUUGCAACACUAUCAAGAAGUUUUCCAUCUGAUGAAGUGCAGUCUGAAAUGGGUCUCCUUCAGAAAAGACACAGGGUCACUAUCAUGAAUGUCCAGUGUGAUGUUUCUGUGUUGACGCAGGUGUUGGAUGCAAUCUCAAAAAUUGGACAAAGAUUCCCCUCUUGCCCAAUCAGAGGAGUGUUUCACAGUGCUGCAGUGUUGCACGAUGCACUGAUUGACUCUCUUGAUGAGUCUCUAUUCAGAAAGGUGUUACAGCCCAAAAUCAGUGGUGCUGUAAACCUUCACCAUGCAACACUUCACAAAAAACUUGAUUUCUUUGUGUGCUAUUCUUCCAUUUCGUCGUUCAUAGGCAACGCCUCACAGUGCAACUAUGCAGCAGCCAAUUCUUUCCUCGACAUGUUCUGUCACUAUCGGAGAAACGUUGGGCUUGCUGGACAGUCCAUCAACUGGGGUCCUCUGAACCUCGGACUGUUGCUGAACAAAGAUCAUUUCCAAAGGUUCUUGGAGGCAAAAGGAAUGAUGAUAAUGGAUGUUUGUGAGGUUCACGAGGCACUUAAACAAUGCCUUUUGAUGAACAGACCUCAACAGGUUAUUUGUAAAUUCAACUUCAAGAAUCUUAACAUUCAUGUCCUUUCACAAAACACGUCUCUCAGAGAGCGACUGUCAGCUUUAGUGGAAGCAGAGCUCAAAGACGAAACACAAAAUGAACCCAAAGUUCAGCACGUGUCUUUCACACAUGAAAGUGUAAAGAAACUUGUAAGUUACACAACAAAUGUGAGUGUCGAUGAACUGGAUGAUGACUCCACUCUGAGUGCUCUAGGCAUCGACUCGAUGUUGGCCAUGACAUUGCAGAACAAGAUUUUCCAGGAGACAGGAGUAAAUGUACCUUUAGUCGUAAUACUGGACCCCAACAGUACGCUGGCCAAUUUACUAACUGUUGUAUUGAACAAUGGAUAAUUUCACAAGCUCUGUCCAGUUACUGUCAUCAUCAGUGUGCUAUUUCUGCAUAUUUUAAGAACUAAAUGUUGUUGGACAGAUUGAAGUUGUAUGUUAAAUAAAAGUGCAUGAUCUUGUCUUGUUGCAAAACACCUUGUAAAUAAAAAUUUAAAAAUACUUUA